AUGUUUUCCAAUAAGUAUAACGUUGAUGGUAGGUUGGUUGUGAUUACUGGAGGGUCACAAGGCUUAGGCUUUGCUCUGGCAAAGAAUUUGUACUUGAAGGGCGCCAAUGUCAUCAUAAUCUCACGCACCAAAACGAAAUUACUCAACUGCGUGGAAGAGAUCAAGAAACUCAGCCAAAAAGAGGACCAAUUUGUCGACUACGUGGCAGCGGACCUUUCUAAAUACGAAGAUUGUGAGAGAGUGUAUGAAUACUUAACUUUAAAGAAAUUACUUCCCGAUGAUCUCAUCUGUUGUGCGGGUAUCGCUUAUCCACAAAAGUUUGCCAAGAUCCCAAUAUCCAAGAUUGAUGAAGGAAUAGACAUCAACUAUAAAACCGCCGUCUACUUCGUACACGCUAUGCUUCCAUUAAUCACCGAGAAAGUACGGGAACAGCAUCUUGUGCUAUGUUCUUCUGUCAUCGCUUCUUAUGCUUUUUACGGCUACUCACAAUAUGCCCCGAUGAAAGCUGCUGUGAAGGCCUUUGGAGAUUGCAUGCGACAUGAGCUUUUACCGUACGGGGUAAAGGUCCACACGUUAUUCCCCGGAAAUUUUGAAUCGGAAGGCUACGCCCAAGAGAACUUGACAAAGCCCGCUUUAACUAAAGAGAUAGAAGGUGCUUCCCCCGCCAUCUCUGCGGAAAAAUGUGCGGAGAUCGUGGUGAAUUCUCUACAAAAUGGCAGCCUUUACAUCUAUACCGAUUUUAUCGGCUGGGUCCUGGGAUCCUUUAGCUUAGGACUUAAUCCAAGGGAAUGGUGGUUCGCACAAAUAUUUUUAAGCUUCAUUGGAUCCUUGGUGGGUCGGCUUGUUGAUCUAUAUCAUGAGCAUCUGAUCAGGAGGCAAUCUCAAGAAGAAGCUAAGCAAAAAUAA